GAAGCGCGUCCCUGCUUUGACCUGCUCAUCUGUCAAAUGGACUUGUAGCUGCAGAGAAAAGUCAUGUUCAACUUAAAGGCGUUGAAGAAAAAUAAAACACUCAGAUAUGGAGUCCCCAUGCUUUUGCUCGUAGUCGGAGGUUCCUUCGGCCUGCGAGAGUUCACGCAGAUCCGAUACGAUGCCCAGAGGAUCGGAAGAAGGCUGGACCCUUCACUGGAGGCCAAAGUGAACGUCGAGAAGCAGUCGGUCAUCCUGGAGGAGCAGUACGAGAACCCUAAGGGCACGACGAGGAAGACGAGUGGCCGAGCGAGGAGGAGUCCAGUGUCCCGCACUCUGAUGUAAUGGAGUCAGUACCGGGUAUCCCUCUCCGGGCGCAUCUUCCUCGUGAAAAUAUAUUUCCGGACCGGUGAGCCACUGAAUGCUCAGCGCCGCUGGCUGCAGCGGCAGAAGGGGGCGGGGCCUCUCCGGACGAGCGAUGCUCUGUGUGUGCAAACACUGGUCUCUGUGGAUCUCAGUCCAGCUGGAGGCUGCAGAGUGAACGCCUCACACCCAUCUGCAUUGCACUCUGUGUAUCAGGGUUUAAUCACCUUUCAGAUGUGUAAAACAUUUAUUACCUGCGCAUUGAAAAUGCGGAAGGUAAUGUUUUGAUCGGCGUGUAUUUGUAUGCAUGCGUGCUAUUCGCAUAAGUCAAAAAGUAUUAAACCGAAUCGCAUGAAAUUUGGUGGGAUGAUUGGUUAUUAUCCGGGGACCAUUUGAUUCGAUUUUGGGAUCGAUCGGGUCAAAGGUCAAGGUCAUGAAAAGGUCAAAAUCUUCUUUGAAUCGCAUGAAAUUUGGUGGGAUGAUUGGUUAUUAUCUGGAGACCAUUUGAUUAGAUUUUGGGAUCGAUCGGGUCAAAGGUCAAGGUCAUGAAAAGGUCAACAUCUUAUUUUUACCUUAGCACGGUCAAUUUGUAUCCAAUUGGAAUGCAACUAAUGCCAAAAUGUUCAUAAUUCAAUGCCCAAUCUUGUGAUAUGCGGAGGUAUGCGCUCUACCGAGUGCCCGUUCUAGUUCAAGAGGAUGUGUUAGUGCAGGGUCGUUGAGGUUAUAAGAAGAGCUCUCCUUCUCCACGUGUGAUUAUGUGUUGGCGUUUGGCUGGAUGCUAAAGGCCUGUGGUUCUGUCUGUGGGCAGACGCUGACACUGUGAUACUGGAGCAACCGGGCAUUGUGAGUUUGUAGAUGUGUGUGUGUGUGUGUGUGUGUGUGUGUGUGUGGUCGGAAGUGGCGCCCUUGGCGUGGAUCUGGCGUGACGGCUGGCGUCAUCCCGUCUCCAGAUGGUCUGUCGGCGUUAAUGCAGGCGGCUCCUGGACCUGUUUGGGCUCGUGGCCCUCCCUGUAAAAGGGAAGCAACUAGUGAUUACGGGUUAGUGCCAGAGACGGAUCAGUCUUGCUCAGGCGGUUUUAUUGUAAGGAUGAGGUUCACGUGAUGAGGUACACAGUAUUCAAUAUUACAAAAGCAGUCAGAAAAAGUCAGAAAAAAUUUACUAAAAAUACUUUUGUCUGACUUUUUCUUUGCUUAAUCGUCUUGUGGCCCCUUCAGAUUUCAUGUAGGACUCUGUUGGUUCUGGGGUGCUGAUCCCCGUGGGAUCCACAACACGGCACACUGUGGCUCAGGAGACACUCUGCAUUGAGCACAGAGGCUUUCAAAUGCUUCGCCAGGUGUUUAUAUUUCCGUCUGAGGUCACAGCGAUGGCGUCACAGACAUGUAAGAUGCAGCGAUACAACUUCACACGCUUGUCGUCAAAUGGAGGUCCAACGUUGCCGGGUAGAAAAUGGGGAAGGAGCACUUUUGCUCUCGUUGCCCGAUGGUGUGAUCCCAUUGGAAGAGGGUGAGUUUGCUUUGAUUUUAUUAGUCCAGGCUUUCAGAUCUUUAAGAUUCGUUGCCCCCCCCGACACCAGAUCAAAGGAAUCUCCUCCGUUGUCCUCCGUAAUGAAACAUAACAUUUAGUGCAAUGCAGGUUGUUCCAGAAAAUCGUCGUAGUUUUCGCCAAAGAAAUCAUCCCAAUGAAAUCUAUGGACGGCGUGUUGAGGGGAUUAUUCAGAGCACUGUGACUCCCCAAACACAAUCUGUAAUUUUGCAGAGUUGUGAGCUCUGAAAUUAAAUUGACAUUCCAUUCACCUGCAUCCCAAUGACAGAUAACCAGAUAUAACCAGAUAUAACCAGAUAUAACCAGAUAUAACCAGAUAGCACCAUGGGGUAAUUUAGUUUUUUAUUUAUUUUGUAGUUCUAGUGACCUUUUUAAAGAACUGAGCAUUUGUUCGUUUCCCUUCCUGCGUCCCGACACACACACACUCCAUGUGUUGUUUACAGCGAGUCCUCGAGGGGGUUCGGGUGGUGUCCGAACACCACCCUCUGAACACAGUAACACACACACACACACACACACAUUCACCGCUGACAGGAAGUGACCCUGAUGCGAGGUGACGCUCCACCUUUCUCAUUUCACAGCUUCGCUGUUCAUUCCCGACCUUCAUAAGCGGACGUCGCCCACAGGGAUGCUGUCCGUGUGGAGUCCCCCAAUGAACCCUCCCCCUCCUCCCACCUCCCCCUUUCUCCUCCUCCUCUCCCCUCUUUCUCCCACCAGCUCCACUUUGUUGCCGCCUCGCUGUAACUGAUCGAGAGAGGAACAUGUAAGGAUGGAAAGACGGGAAACGAAGGUGACGCCCAACCUCGCUCUCAGAGAAUCAAGGCACCCAGUCGGUGUUUCAGAGCUUCGGCCAUCCGCCCCUUGUAUAGUGCUGCUCCUCUCGGGGGGGGGGGGGGGCACGAGCAGGCCCGGUGUGUUGAUUACGAGUAUAAUCCAUGAAUCAUCACUGAACGCAUGGAGGACUUUGAUGAGAGAGGCAAGAGCAGGCAUUGAAUUCCGAUCGAGGUACACUCGGAGAGGCUGCGUGCGCCGCGCGGCGGUCCUGAUGUGUUUUUCCCGCCUCCACCCUUUUUGCUGCAGAUAAGAAAACUUCAUUAAAACACGCAGCCAUAUUCUCCAUACUAAUUACAGCACCACGUAGGGAGGGGGUGGAGGACGGUGGACCGGAGCGAGGGUCGGCCCGGCUCUUUCCUCCUCGUCCAUUUUAGGAAUCCGGUUUUUUUAUUUUAUUUUUUUAUUUCAUUUUUGAAUUUAACAAGCGUGGAAAUCUGAACAAGCUAAUAAGAUUCUGUAGCACAGUGGCGGACUAUGUAAUUAAAAUGGGAUCCGAUUGA